AUGCUGCCAGAUCAUUUGUCACCCCUCUCAGGAGACAUUAAACUCUCUGUCCUGGCCUUAGUUGUCCUUGUGGUCCUGGCUCAGACUGCCGCAGAUGGAUGGAUCAGGAGGUGCUAUUAUGGAACUGGCAGAUGCAGGAAAUCAUGCAAAGAAAUUGAGAGGAAGAAAGAAAAAUGUGGGGAAAAACAUAUUUGCUGUGUACCUAAAGAAAAGGAUAAACUAUCACACAUUCACGACCAAAAAGAGACAAGUGAGCUAUAUAUCUAGUUGUGACUUCUGAAUUCAGAAUUUUAAGUCAUUAUAAUGAGUCAAUGAAAUGGCUACUGGGGGCACCUGCAUUUUCCUAGAUCUCUGUUAAGUCUUCACAGGGCCCGUUAGAAAAACACGCCCA